UGACUACGCCAAGUCGCCAACACCAACUUCAAUUAAAAAAACACCGCCUAUCAAUUUUCGAUAUCCUCCGUCAAUUUUCAUUAUCCCGCCUUCCAAUUUUUGUUCUCCCGUCAUUUGACCAAAUAUAUGAUUUCAAUUCCAAGAUACUCUGUGAAUGCGACUACCUUAGGAAGUUAGGAACCACCGAUCUAAAACCCUAAUACUUUAAAACAAUAUGAAUUCGAUGCUUUAUCGCCGCUUUGAUCCUAAUACUCUGAAGCAAUGUGAAAUCGAAUCUCUCUCGCCGCUAACUAGAGCCACGCUACUGAGGGCUAAUUAUUGGAUUGAUGGCUAUUGGAGUCCCGAGUCUAAUGAAAAUAACAUUGCGAGAAACAUCAUUUAUGGCACCGGAGGAAAAAAGUAUCAAUACUCAUAUGGUGAAAGAUUUCCAAUCAGUGUAGCAUCCCACUUACAGUUUCUGUGUAACUGGAAUGACGCGAGAAGAUUGAGGCUGCUACUGUUGAUUAUGAGCGCUGAAAAAUUUUGGGAAGUCAUGUUCAUGCACCUAAGAUGACCAGGUUCGAAGACUAAGAUACUAAGGUGUCGAUAAGCUUGAUGGACAUUUAUCAUCAAGAAGCAUGAGUGUUCGGGUGCACAUCUAGUUUGAUCAGCUUGUAUAUAUUGGGGUGAUUCAAGUGAACAACAUGAACAAAUUGAUGGUUGUAGGAAGCGGGGUGUGGCAAUGAGAUUGGUGUCAAAAUUCUUUACAUGGGGUAUAUAUGUGAACAUCUUGUUAAGGUUGGAUUCUAGUGUUAGUGGAUG